GGCGCGACACAAAGGCCACUGUCGCCCAGGCCCGGGGUGACCUCCGGGGCCGUGCGCUCGGCGGCUGGCGCUCCCGCGGCGCCCGGAGCCGGAGCCGCGCGUCAUGAGCGGCCCCCUGCGGCCCAGCCCCAGCGGCUGGCGGCGGGCGGCCACCGUGCUGCUGGCCGCCGGCUGGCCGCGAGCCGGCGCGACCGUCGCGACCGCCGCGUCCCCGCCGCCGUCGCAGCCGCCGCCCGCCGAGGGCUUCCGCCUGCUGCUGCUGCAGCGAUCGCAGAGCCAGGGCUUCCUGCCCGGCGCGCACGUCUUCCCCGGGGGCGUGCUGGACGCCGCCGACCGCUCGGCCGACUGGCUGCGCCUCUUCGCGCCGCACCACGGGCCACCGCGCUUCGGCCUGGGCCCCGCGCCGCCGCCGCGCGCCGCCUUCCCGGGGCUGCCGCCGCUCGAGCCCGCGGCCGGCCAGCCGGGCGGCGCCGGGGACGCGGGCGCGCUGCCCGAUGACGUGGCCUUCCGCAUCUGCGCCAUCCGCGAGACCUUCGAGGAGGCGGGCGUGCUGCUGCUGCGGCCCCGCGGGGCCCCGGCCGCCGAGCCGCGCCGGCCCGCCCGCUGCCGCGCGCCGCCGCCCGGCCUGGAAGAGUGGCGCGCCCGGGUGCGCCGCGACCCGCGCCACUUCCUGCGCCUGUGCGCGCACCUGGACUGCACGCCCGACAUCUGGGCGCUGCACGACUGGAGCGGCUGGCUCACGCCCUUCGUGCGCGUCGGCGGCCGCCGCUUCAACACCGCCUUCUACCUGUGCUGCCUGCUCGAGCCGCCGCCCGUGCACCCCGACUCCGCCGAGGUGGUGAGCUGCCAGUGGUUCUCUCCAUCAGAGGCGAUUGAAAGUUUCACGUCAAAAGAAAUUUGGUUCGCACCCCCUCAGUUCUAUGAAAUGAGAAGACUUGAAAAUUUUGCCUCUCUCUCUGACUUGCACAAAUUUUGUUUGGAUCAUGCACUGGAAGGGGUAGAGAGAUGGAUGCCCAUCACAUUAACAACUGCUGAUGGAGUGCUCCAGCUCUUACCAGGGGAUGAACUGUACAUCGAAGACUCAAAAUUUAUAGACAGCAAAAUGUCCACUGAGAAAAAGAUUGAAGAACUCAUGAAGGAAGGCAAAAAAUUUCAUCGCGUGGUGAUACACGACCGCCACCUUUAUCAUAUUCAUGUGACUAUUCCGUCCAAAUCUAAGUAUUUGUACCCUAAGAACUCUGGCGUCAGUAAGAGCCAUCUGUAAGACGUGCUUUGGAAGGUGGCCGCCUUCUGGUUGGCCUCACGUUGGCUGAGCCUCCUCCCAACUGCAGGUGUGCUGUGCCUGCAGGGGUUAAAAUACAGUCUUCCGUGUUUCAAGUGUUCUGUGGAGUUCUCAGGCUUAUUUUAUUUGUCAAACUUUAUGGAGUAUUUCAUAAGCAUAAAGUAUUAUCUUGUUACCAGACUGAGAUCAAUGGUUCACAAAUGAUCCUACUUUGUAUUGCUACUCUUUCAGAAGUUUAAAUAGGAUGUUCCACUGCCUUUGUCUUUAAUUAUCCGGUGCACUGGUACUUUUCUUGGUGUGUUUGGAGAUUCCCUAGACUUCUUGUUGGAGUUCAUUUAAGUGUGUUUGAUUAGACUGCAACAACUUUCAGGGGACAGUGUCAUUAUUUUCUUGUCUUUCGCUUGAUGACUAAUGAGACAUUUUAAAUCAAGUGGCAUUCAUUACUAAGUUUAGCAAAUUGCAGUUGUUUGGGGCAGUAUUUUAAAGAAAUACAGAACUAUAACAAAAGCUAUACUAAUAUUAUUUGUUGAUAUUUUGGGUCACAUCAGGCAAUACUCAGGGGCUUGGGGGUUCAUUCUUGUCUAUGCUUGGCUGGGGAUUGGGCCCAGGUCUUCCACGUGCAAAGCAUUCAUACCAGCAGUUGGCCGAGUCCUGGCCCAGGUGUCAUAAUUGUUCUUACAGAGAGUAGAGAGCUCUGUCAUUUCAAGGUGUUUCAGUGGUGUUCACUUCCAGUGUUUUUAAUAUGGGUAUGUUCUUUUGCCUCCUUUUAAUAGGAAUAAUGUUAAUAAAGAUGGGUACUGGUUAAGA